AGGCGAUGCUUCGUGCAAUUUUCAGACGAGUCGGAUUGGGAUGGCGCACACAAUCCGACGAAGUAAAAUUGCACAUGGCGGCCGCCAGAAGACGUUCUCGGGGAAAUCUCGUGGAAGUUGUCUGAGAUGUAAAGAGCUGAUCGCGAAGCUGUGCCUGAAGCAAGUGACAAAGAUCUGAGGAAUCGAGCGCUGGGAAGCCGCAGAGCCGCCAUGACGACGAGCAGCGAGGAUGUGCUGCUGCAGAUGGGCGAGGUGAGGUACAAGAAGGGCGAUGGCACGCUGUACGUGAUGAACGAGCGCCUGGCGUGGAUGGCGGAGCACCGCGACACGGUGGCGGUGUCGCAUCGCUUCCAGGACAUCAAGCUGCAGAAGAUCUCGCCGGAGGGCAAGCCCAAGGUGCAACUGCAGGUGGUGCUGCACGACGGCAACAGCUCCACGUUCCACUUCGUCAAUCGCAGCGGCACGGCGGCCCAGAUCGCGGACAGGGACAAGGUGAAGGAGCUGCUGCAGCAGCUGCUGCCCAACUUCAAGAAGCGCGUGAACAAGGAGCUGGAGGAGAAGAAUCGCAUCCUGAUGGAGCACCCUAAUCUGCUGCAGCUCUAUCGCGAUCUCGUGAUCACGAAGGUGCUGAGCAGCGACGAGUUCUGGGCCACGCACGCCAAGCAAUACACGCUGCAGACGGCGCAGAAACAGGACAUCGGCGUGUCCGGUGCCUUCCUGGCCGACAUCAAGCCGCAAACGGACGGAUGCAAUGGGCUGCGCUACAAUCUCACCGCCGACAUCAUUCAGUGCAUCUUCAAGACAUAUCCAGCCGUGAAGCGCAAAUAUCAGGAGCACGUGCCGGCGAAACUCAGCGAGUCGGAAUUUUGGACCAAGUUUUUUCAAUCACACUACUUUCACAGGGAUAGAAUCACUGCCGGAACCAAAGAUAUCUUCAGUGAAUGUGGCAAAAUUGAUGAUCAAGCACUCAAAGUGGCUGUGGCGGACGCUUCUGGUGAUCCACUGCUCGACAUAAGGCUGUUCGGGGACAAUUCACUGGAGGAGGGCUUUGGUGGUGCCUCGUCGGAUCGCAAUGUGGCCAACAGUGGCAACAUUGUGCAUCAGAACAUGAUAAAGCGCUUCAAUCAGCACUCGAUUAUGGUGCUGAAGACGUGUGCCGAUGCCACGCAAAUGAGUGGCACGGCCAAUUGUGCGCCGCCGGCGGCUGGCAAGGUGACAACGAACGGCGUGAAGGGGGAUGGCAAUGGAUUCGCCAGCAGAUCGCAGUCACCGCAGCCGCCAGUUACCAAGCGCGCCCGGAUCAUGGAGAAGAUCGCAUUUGAGGAUCUGCAGGGUGAUCCGAGCGGUGUGGAGGCUGUGAAGACGCAGCUGAACCUCACGAAGGUGGAGAGAUACUUGCACGGCCCGGUGCCGGCUGGCGGCGGUGCCGGCGAGGCAGAGGAGCAGCCGAUGCAGGAUCUGGACUCGGUGCAGAUUAACCUGUUCAACCUCACGGACUCGUGGCAUGCGCGCACGCCCCACAAAGUGCUGGUGAGCGCCACGUCGGCCGUGAACGCUCUGGGCGCACUGAGUCCGGGUGGGGCUCUAAUGCCGGGCUUCCAAGAGCAAUCUCUUGCCCAACUAGUGCCUCCGGAAGCUGAGAAGGAGCUUAAGAAUUUGUAUUUGUCCAUGUCGGAGUUGCUGAAGCACUUCUGGACGUCAUUUCCACCCACAACACAAGAACUGGAAGCCAAAGUUGUUAAGAUGCACGAAGCAUUGCAACGAUUUCAGAUGGCAAGGUUGAAACCAUUUGAGGAACGUGCCAUUCGAGAAUUUUCACCGGUCGGUGCCUCAUUAACACUCCAUUUGAAUCAAUUACUGCAAGCGGCCGAUCGCAAGUUUGUCAAAUGGCGAGAGAUUAAACUGCGACGGUAGCCCACAAUACUUUUAUAAUGGAAUAUAAUCACACUCCUGCGAGAGGGAGAAGUAGAGAGAGAGAGAGAGACGUGUUUCGUGAGAAUAAAAUUCGUUCUUU